UGUAUAAGAAGUGUUUUUUUACAAUUUUUGAAGGACUUGUGAGGAAAUAUUUGUUAAAUAAAAUUGGUGAUAUAGUAUCCGAUACUGUGCAACCUAAAACGUAUAUUUGUUUUGAAAAAUUCUUAUAUUUCAUAUUGCCACUGUCAAAGAGAUUAUACGCGAUCCUUUUGAGGACGCGUUGUCGAUUAUUGUUAAAGUGGAAGCUUUAGAAAAUGGCCGACAGUUGGACACAGAACGUUGUUUGCCGUUAUUUUAAAAAUGGUAUGUGUCGCGAAGGAAAUAAUUGCAGAUACCACCAUACUGAAGGAGUUAGGAAUGAUGGAAAUAAUGAAAUAAUAUCUUCUUCUAUCCCAUCUUUGAAUACUGUUUGUCGCUUUUUUAAACAAGGUAUCUGUAAAUUUGGAAAUCAGUGCCAUUUUCGUCAUAAUACUGAAACUGUUGAUAAUAUCUUGGUGAAUGCAGAUUCAGUAGAAAGUUCAUCACCUGGACAACACACUUCAAAUAUCUCAACAACAAUAAAGAAUGUUAAAGAAAAUACUCAUAUUGCUGAAGAGUGGGUAAAGGCACCAGAAUUUAUACCUUCAGAUAUGGCUGGAUCAUCAUCCAAAAAUAAAGCUUCUACAACCUCAGGAACAUCUACAAUGUCAAUAUCUUAUGCUCAAGCUGUAAAUCCAUCUGGUCAAGCAUCUAAUCCAUCUGUAGAACCUUUAUGUCCAUAUGCAGAAGCAAUUGGAAUUUGUAAGAAGCGUAAUUGUACAUAUCUACAUGGAAAUAUUUGUGAGUUGUGCAAUCGUGCUGCACUUCAUCCAUACAAUGAAGAACUUCGAAAGAAACACACAAAUGCAUGUGUCAAACAGCAUGAAGUAGACAUGGAGCUUUCAUUUGCUAUUCAGCGUAGUAGAGAAAAAUCUUGUGGUGUUUGCUUUGAAGUUAUAAUGGAAAAGGCAUCUGGACAACAAAGAUUCGGUAUUUUACCAAAUUGUAAUCAUUGCUUUUGUUUAAGUUGCAUUAGAAAGUGGAGACAAGCUAAACAGUUUGACAUUAAAAUUAUAAGAGCUUGUCCAGAAUGCCGUGCUACCUCUGAUUUUGUAUGUCCAAGUAUGUACUGGGUAGAUACUAAAGAAGAGAAAGAGAAAUUGAUAAUGGAUUACAAAUGUGCAUUAAGCACCAAACAUUGUAAGUACUUUAAUAAAGGAUGUGGUAAAUGUCCAUUUGGCAACAAGUGUUUUUAUCUACAUGCAUUUCCUGAUGGUACUAAAACAGAUGUUGGUCCUCCUGUUCGUCAACGACGUUUUGAUGAUAUGGAUGCCGAUAUUUUUCGUCAAGUUAUUUUCUGGGACUUUAUUGAAGAAAGAGAGAAUCGUUUGCUACAUAAUAUAGAUGAUGAUAUAAUUUCCCUAUUUUCAAACUCAGAAGAAUCUGACUGGUCUGAAUACUAG